CCCGUGUUACGGCCGGGCGAUCAUCAAUUCGUCCAUGUCGCAUUGACAGUAUCCCAUAAAUGCUGCAUUGCAUUUCUCACAUGCCACGUAAAGCGGAAGCGUCGCUGUGCUCGUUGGCAGUACAAUUGCAUGCUUCGACCAUAUAAGUUUCCUGGGUCAUCCAUGGUACAUUAGCGAGGUUCCCACUCUUCUAUUCAACAUGCAGUCGUUCUCGAUCCUGCUCCGCACAGUUCUCCUCGUCACGGUGACUUCUGUAUCGGCUUCAAGUUUCUUUAGCGUUCCCCUGACAAAGAUUGCGCCUCCGAACUCACACCUUGCGGGAUUACCAGAUGCUGAUCGUGCACGUGCUGCUGUUCUAAAGAGUUUUACUUCUGGUGGUCCCAAAAAUGUUCCUGCAUCCAAUCUCGCAUAUUCCCAGUAUACAACCAGUGUUGGCGUUGGCAGCCCUCCGACGUACUAUAAUUUGAUUGUUGACACUGGUAGCUCCAAUACUUUUGUUGGAACUGGGACGCCAUAUGUCAAAACCUCGACCAGUAUCUUCACUCAUGAGAAGGUCAACGUCACUUACGGCACUGGUUACUUUCGUGGCUUGGAGUAUCUCGACCGAGUGACGCUCGCUCCAGGUUUGGUCAUCAAGAACCAGUCCAUCGGUGAUGCUCUUUCCUAUGCCGACUUCGGUGGCGUCGAUGGCAUCGUCGGGGUGGGCCCCGUCGGUCUGACUGAGGGUUCACUCUCAACAAAUGUCAAUGAGCUGGUUCCCACUGUUAUGGACAACGCCCUCUCACAGGGUUUGAUUACAAAGGAAAUAUUAGGUGUCUCUUUCGCACCUGCAACGAGUGACAAUGACACUAAUGGAGCCCUCACUUAUGGAGGGAUUGAUUCAUCCUUGUACACCGGCGAAAUCACUUAUAUACCUGUCACUGCAACUUUCCCUGCUAGCGCCUUCUGGGGCAUCAAUAUCACCCAUGCAACGUACGGCUCCGCGACGACCAUUAUCCCAAGGUCAACUGCUGGGAUCGUCGAUACUGGUACCACUCUGAUCCUCCUCGCUGAUGACCUCUUCGAGUCCUACUUGAAAGCCAUUCCUGGUGCCAAGCUCGACGAAACCGGGGGCCUCAUGUCCAUCCCUGAAACCUCUGUCCCAAAGAUCCAACCGUUGAAUUUUACUAUCGGCGGCACCGUCUUCAGUCUUGACGCUGCAGCACAACUCAUUCCGAUUAAUCAGAAUGCUGCAUGGAGCUUGUCAACAAGCCUGCGGUACGGUAUUGUGUCGAACCUGGGGGCUAACAGCGGCGAAGGGUUAGAUUUCAUCAUCGGGCAGAAGUUCAUGGAGAGGUACUAUGCUGUUUUCGAUACGGAUAACAAUCGGGUUGGCUUGGCUUAUACUAAACAUACAUUUACCACGUGAACUUCUUAAUCCGAGUGCCUUUUUAAAGGUGUUCCUUUUGCUUCGAUUGAUCACAAUUCACUGCGCCACUCCUCAGGGCUUGGAUUUCAUUGCAACUUUUAGGAUGCAAUUAUGUGGUGCUUAUGAGUGCUAUGACUGACAGAUAUGGGUACGUAGUCUCGUAUCCACACUAGGAAAUCCUAACUGGGCAUGAGAGUAAAAAUAUAAGCGACACUUAAAGCUCA